UCGCUCGCCCGCGGUCUGCGCUGCUGUGCCGCCGCCGCUCCGCCAGCGCGUCGCGACGACCGCCUCUUUGCCGCCACCGGCCGCCGCUGCCUCCCCCCUGCGCGCCGGACACACCCCAUCCACGCCCGGCCCCUGCGGCACGCCAGCUGUCAUGACUGUCUCGUUCUCCGCUUCCCAAUAAAGACCCAUUAUUUUUUUUCUUCUCUCUGUCUCUCGUCUUCUCAUUGACGAGAGGACGUACCAGUGGCAGCGCCGUCGUGCGGAGGAGGGGCGUGGAGGCGCCGGCGCGCGUGGCGGGACGAGGAGGCCCGGAGGGCGUGUGCCAUGUGAGAGUGCAGUGCAGUGCGUGUACAGUGCGUGAGUGGUGCAGUGCGUGAGGCGGGAAGAGGACCAGGAAGAGACGGCGGUGACAUCGAUGGCGCGUGUGGUGGUGCUGUGGGUGCUCGUGGCCUUAGCCGGUGCAAAUGUAAUCAGUAGUUUCCAACCGGCAGUUCAGAAAGCUGGAGGAAUUACGGAAUAUCCGUGUAAGUGUCUAGCACAAGUCCUUUUACUUCAUGAUCGAAUUGCGAAAUCUGAUAGUGCCUCUCCUUGCAACGAUGUCGAGCUGCAUACUCGUGCUGUAUUUUUACUGUUGAAAUCACCUAAAUUCGUAAUGCGUCCAGUAGCCUCGAUUAGCCUCAAUUCCAGCAGUACUGUCUGA